AUGUCUGGGUCGAGUAUGUAUAAGACGAAGCUAUGCCUUCUGUACAAGAAGAGCGGUAACUGUUCUCGGCCGAAUUGCAGUUUUGCUCAUGGAACUGCUGAGCUCCGUCGUCCUGGGGAUUCUUCUUCCUUCACAGGCAGACGUCACAAUCUGGAUAGUGACUUGAGAGAUAAACUUGGUAGACAGUUUUCUCCUGAGCGGAGACCUUCUUUGGACAGAGGUGGAAGAAGGGUACAAAGAUUUAAUGGACAUGAAAAUCCCAGGCCAUUUGAGAGGCGAAGAGAUGAAGACUUCAGAGAGAACCGCAGAUAUGAUGAGCGGCGUGAUUAUGCUGGUGGUGGUUUGAAAGUGGGGAAUAGAAUUGAAGUCAGGGAAAAAGAUGAAAGAAACAAGUUUGUGGGUUACAAUAAUGUUCUGGAAGAGCAGUUAAAAGAUGUGGAGAUGGAUGUUAAGAUUCUUACUGAUGACAAACUACGAUUGGAGGCUUCCGUCGAAAGGAAGGCACAGGAAGCAAACAUUCUUACUUGUAGGGUCGAGGAGCUUGAGACCCAGUUGGAUAGAGAGAAAGAUGAGUGUAAGAGGAUUACUUCAAGCACGAAGAAAUUUGUGAAAGAAUAUAACCGUUUCUUGCGGGCACAAGAUGAUCUAAAAAGGUCACAAGCUCGUCUUCAGAAGUUGGGAAACCAACUCAGUACAUAUCUUCUUGCAAAUGAAGACAAUGUCAGGGACGCAGACGUCGAUAUUGUGAGCGAUGAAGAGAAUAACAAUGGCCGGAAUCUGAGGAUUGCUUCUGAUUCGCAGAAUGAGUUGCAUAAUACUUCUUCACUCUCCAGGAAAAGGCAUUAUGUGGAUCAAUAUACUACCAAAGAGCCUGUUGAAGAUGCCUUGAUAGGAAGAGGUGAAGAAGAGAAGGCGAAGAGACAUUCCCGUUGGAAUACGGUUCCUUCGAAAUCAUUUUCUGAAGAAGAAAGUGGAGGGCGAAACGAUGAAGACACAAUUAGCAAGUUCUCAUCAAGGGAAGACAAUUGGAAAAGAACAAGGUUUUCUUCUGGCACCUCAUCGACUAAUAAGGUAAUGUCUAGAGUUGCAGAACAUGAUGAAGAGAAUCCUCAAGCAGCCAAAGACUCUCCUCUCAAAUCUCUUCCUCCGCCACCACCUUUCAGAGAUGGCCAUUUUCAGGGAGACGAGGAGGAUGUAAAUGUUGAUGUGAUGGAGCAGAGGAAAGCCAAUGACGUUGAUUCCGUCUGA